UAAAAGAAUCUUAAAUUUCUGUAGUCAUAAUUGAGAAUUUGCAAAAAAACGUUGUAUCCAUACGAGACAAACAAAUAUUAUAAAUACAGCGGCUGUUGGGAAAAUAUAUUAAAAAAUAUUUUCCUAAUAUUUAUUUCUUUACUUUGCAUCGACAGCAAAGUAAAAGGCCAAACAGAAAUACAGUGAAAAAAUUUAGAAAUUUUAAAAAAUAAAAAAAUUAAUUUUCAUAAAAAAUUAUCGAUGAAAAAUGUGUGUUAAUAUGGUAUAACAUAACCAUAGUUUUUUAAGAAAAAUUUUUGUCCAAAAAAAGAUAGUGAGAGUGUCGAACCGCACUGCCGCCCAACCUCAGUAGCAGAAUAUGAAAUGAGAUUGUCGUCUGUUGGCAAAAAAGCAACAAAAAAAGUGUAAAAAUUUACAUAUAAUUAAAAAUAAAGAAAAUUUGGCGAAAAUAAUAUUUUGUGUUAUUUAAAAAAUUGUGUUUUUGGUAAAGUUUUAAAAAAGUUUAGAGUACAAUAUCUUGGAAAAAAGUAAUAGUGGCAAACGGAAAUACACAACUGUAAAUAUUGUUGUGUUUGUUGUAUGACGUAGAGUGUUGCCUGAGUUUUUUUAUUGGCUCUAUUUUAGCGUGUUUACGCAGAUCCAUGAGUGCGUGUGUGUUUGUUAUUUUAAGAAAAUUUUUACCAAUGAGCUGGACUUGAAAUUGAAAAACGAAACGUGUUAAAAUUUUAUUUUAAACUUUAUACACGUACCUUAAUUUAAAUCUUAAUAUUGUUUUGACACACGUGCGCAAAUCAACCACAAAUCAAUCAAAAUGCGUGUCGUUGCGAUGGUAAGUGGUGGCAAGGAUAGCUGCUAUAAUAUGAUGCAGUGUGUGGCCGAGGGUCAUGAAAUAGUUGCAUUAGCCAAUUUACAUCCCAAGGAUAGAGAUGAGCUUGAUAGUUUUAUGUACCAAACUGUUGGUCAUAUGGGUAUUGAGAUCUUGGCUAAGGCAAUGGGUUUACCAUUGUAUCGUCAAGAGACUAAAGGAAAAAGUACCCAAACUGGCAAACAAUAUGUGCCCACGGACAAUGAUGAAGUUGAAGAUUUGUAUAAUUUAUUAGCAUUAUGUAAGGAAGAAGUACAAGCUGAAGCGGUGGCUGUAGGUGCCAUACUCUCCGAUUAUCAACGAGUCAGAGUGGAGAAUGUAUGUAGUCGUUUGAAUUUAGUGUCAUUGGCCUAUUUAUGGAGGAGAGAUCAGACUGAACUACUGCAAGAAAUGAUUGAUUGUCAAGUUCAUGCCAUAUUAAUAAAAGUGGCUACUUUGGGUUUAGUUCCUGAUCGUCAUUUAGGAAAAUCACUUAGAGAAAUUCAACCUCAUUUGAUAAAAAUGCGUGAUAAAUACGGUUUGAAUGUUUGUGGUGAAGGUGGUGAAUAUGAAACAUUCACCCUAGAUUGUCCUCUCUUUAAGCAGCGUAUAGUAGUUGAUGAUAUACAAACUGUUAUUAGUUCUGCUGAUCCUAUUUGUCCCGUUGGCUAUAUUAAUUUCACCAAACUAUCGUUACAACCCAAAGAAGCGCAACAUAACUGUGAUGUUUUUGUGAAAAAAUCUCUGGACUACAUAAGUGACCUCAAUGAAUCCACAUAUAGUGACCUCAGUGAUCCCGAUCUCAGUGAAACUGAGCUUGAAUUGAUCGAGAAGGAGACACGCAUGCGUGAAUCCCUAAGUCAAAAUGAAUUGAUAUCGCGUAGCAACUCAUUUGGUCGACAUCUUGCCACCUCAUCCUCACCCAUACCGAUAGUGACGAAGAGCGCAAGUGUUGAUGAGCAAACACCAUCUGCAUUGUUAUCCUCGUCGGCUGCUCUGUGUACUGCCUCAUUGCAGGCUGGCAGUUUUGGUCCGCCACGUCCCUUGGGCAGUAGUACAGCAGCAGUUUGCGGUAGCCUAUCGUUAGCCAUUUCCUCAAUGGCUUUAACAGCCGGUGGAGCUGCUGGUGCUGGUUUAGGUGGCGGGAUGUCGUCACUUAUAAGUGGUUGCCUGAAUACACAGCCACCGAGUCCUCUUAAAUAUGAGCGUGAAUUCCGUCCAUUGAAUAAUCGACCCAUAGUUGCCAUAAAUCACAAAGGUUGGAUGUGGGUAACAGGCAUACAAGGUUGUGCAUCCACAUUAGAAGAGGGUAUGCAGCAUGCCUUAGACUCCCUACGCUCCUUAGCUGCAGAGCACAAUUAUGAGAUGAACAAUUACUGUUACAUAACAAUGUAUGUGCGUUCCAUUAGCGAAUACGCCACGGUUAAUCGGAUUUACGGACAAGCUGUAAAUUUUCAAAAUCCACCCACUAGGGUGUGUGUUGAAUGUCCAUUGCCGGAAGAUUGUCAUGUUGUAUUGGAAGCUAUUGCCUUUAAAGCACCCAUGCGUAGAAGAGCAACACUUUCUAUACAAGAAAGUGAGGGUUCAGAUGAUCAAUCCUCUGCCGCCAUGGUUAAUAGCUGUAGCAGUAGUUGCACAAAUGAUGUAUCAUGCAAACGUAACACUAUGCAUGUACAAAGUAUAUCACAUUGGGCUCCAGCCAAUAUUGGUCCAUAUAGUCAAUCCACCAAGAUUGAUGAAAUAACUUAUAUUUCUGGUCAAAUUGCUUUAGUACCUGGUAGUAUGACAAUCAUUGAAGGUGGCAUACGUCCUCAAUGCAAAUUAACAUUGCGCCAUAUAUCACGUAUUGCCAAGGCAAUGAAUGCUCAGGGACAAUUACGUGAUGUUGUACAUGGCAUUUGUUUUGUUACACAUCCAGCCUUUAUAGCCGAAGCACGUCGUCAAUGGGAGAGACGUACCACAAAUGCCAUCAUGGAUUUUAUUGUUGUUCCUGCAUUACCCAGAGAAGCUUUAGUUGAAUGGCAGGUAUGGGCCCAUACCCACAAUGAUCGCUUCGAAUAUGAAGAGACUGGCUGCUCAAUUAGUGACUAUACAAUUUCCAUAAGAAGACGUUGGAAUUAUGAAAAUAACUGUGCUGCUAUUGUUUGCUACAUUUCAACAGGUUUAGCCUCAUCAACUACACAACUAACUCAACUAUCCGAUGAUAUUUUAACUAAUCACUGUCGUUUAGCACAAAAUCUUACCGCUGAAAAUAUGGAUGAAAUUCUAACAUACGUGGUAAAUCGUCUACUCAAAGACUAUCCUCUGGUGAAAAGUAGUGAAAACUUGGAAAACGCUACAAAUAAUAAUGGAUCUCUAGAUCAUCAGCAACAACAGCACCAUACCACACCAUCGAGCAUACCGGCCAUACAUCUAAAAGUGUUCUAUCAAGUAACGGCAACACCCUCGGUGGAUCUAAUACUAACAGCUUUAAAUGAUUUCCGUCAAAAAUGUCAAGAUACAGCCAAUAUUGCUUUUACGGUUUUGCCAGCAUGCAGUUUACACAAUUUCAGUACUUUCCUCUCAAUAUGCGGUGUAAGACAUGAAUAAAUGAUUAUAAUUAAAUAAAUAA